GAUAAGACAGUAAGGGUCGAAGCACUCGUCGAUCAUAGGGUUAUAUAUAAGAUGUGCACAGCUUCCUUAGCGUAGUACGUUCUGUAAAUCGUAGGACUACGCAAGUACACUUACACAAUAAAUACGAUGGGAAAAGUUCUGAUCCUCGUUCUUGCUUUCGUUGCCGUUGUAGCUGCACGUCCAGGCUACGGUGGCGGUGGUCACGGCAGUCAGGGCCACGGUGGACUCGGUGACUCUGGGUUUGCUGGAGGUCAAGGGGGCGGCCAUGGGGGCGGCCACGGGGGUAACCAAGGCUUAGGAGGAGGCAGUCAUGGAAGUUUUAGUGGACACGAUUCCGGAUUUGGUGGAGGUCAUCAAGGAGGUGGAGGAUCUGAAGGCAGCCACGGUGGCCUUGGUGGUCAUCAAGGUGGAUUCGGUGGUGGACACGAAGCAACUGGACAUCAAGGAGGCUUCGGAGGUGGCGCAGGGCAUGGCGUCGGGGGUGGACACGGCGGUGGAUACGGUAGUCACUAUUAAAUUUGACGUGAUGUAAUUUAAUGAGAUUUAAUUAAAAUAAAUUUUCGAAUUUU